AUGCAUUGCCCUCUCGCCCUCGUGCUCCAGGUGGCGGCACUGUUAGCCUCAGGCGCCUCUGCAGCAGACUUGACCGGCCAGCGAACCAAGUACAACUUCAACUCCAACUGGAAGCUCUUUGUUGGUGACGACGAUGAUGCUUCCUCCAUCGACUUUGAUGAUGCUUCGUGGAGCAACAUUACUCUUCCUCACGCUUGGAAUGAGGACGAUGCCUUUAAAGUUUCCAUCGCCAAUCUUUCUACCGGCAUUGCCUGGUACCGCAAAACCUUUAGCGUCCCGGGCCCGACCGAGAAAGUCUUUCUCGAGUUUGAAGGUAUCCGUCAUGGUGGCGAAUUCUACUUGAAUGGAGAGUGGAUCGGGAGAAGCGAGAACGGCGUCAUGGCAUUUGGCUUUGAUGUCAGCAAUCUGAUUGUGGCUGAUGGAACCAACGUCGUCGCCGCCCGGAUUGACAACAGCUGGGAUUACCGAGAGGUUUCGACAAACUCGCGUUAUCAGUGGAACGAUCAAAACUUUUACGCCAACUACGGUGGCAUCAACAAGAAUGCAUACCUGCACACCACCAACAAUCUGUAUCAGACUCUCCCACUGUAUUCCAACCUGAACACAACCGGUGUGUACGUCUAUGCUCAGGACCAUGAUAUUGAGGCAGGAUCAGCCACUGUGAUGGCAGAGUCUGAGAUCAAGAACGAGUCCGAUGAAACAAUUGAAUUUGUCUUUGAGGCUAUCAUUAAAGAUCUCGACGGCAAGGUCGUUGGUCAAAUGCAUAGCGAUGCGUACACCUUGGAAAGCAAUGCAACAACAGUCGCCAAUGUCUCUUCUUCUGUUGAAGGCCUCAACUUCUGGAGUUGGGGCUACGGUUACCUAUACACAGUCCAGACAAGCCUCUUGGUCAAUGGAACAUCAGUGGACCAAGUACAAACAACUACCGGCUUCCGAAAGACCAACUUUGACGAUGGAUACUUCAAAUUGAAUGACCGAGCUCUCCACCUCAAGGGUUAUGCGCAACGCUCUACCAAUGAGUGGCCCGCACUUGGCUGUUCCGUCCCGGCUUGGCUCUCUGACUUUUCCAACGAGCUCGUCCUUGCUAGCCAUGGAAGUCUGGUGAGAUGGAUGCAUGUCACGCCGUGGAAGCAGGACAUUGAAUCGCUUGAUCGACUAGGUGUCAUUCAAGCUAUGCCGGCUGGUGAUUCCGAGGGUGAUGUGACUGGAGACCGAUGGACGCAACGCACCGAACUCAUGCGUGACGCGAUAAUCUACAACAAGAACAAUCCCAGCAUCAUUUUCUACGAGAGUGGCAAUCACGGCAUCAGCGAAGAGCACAUGCAGGAGAUGAAAGACAUUCGAGAUUUGUAUGACCCACACGGCGGACGGGCAAUUGGUGCACGAGAGAUGCUCAAUUCGACGGUGGCGGAGUACGGUGGUGAGAUGCUUUACAUUAACAAGGGUUCCAGGAUCCCUUUCUGGCAAAUGGAGUAUUCUCGUGACGAAGGCAUCAGGAAGUAUUGGGACAACUGGACCGUGCCCUACCAUCCCGACAAUCAAUACACUGUGGAGGGUGAUGGGUAUGACCACAACCAAGACACUCACGCCGUUGAGGAUGUUGUUCGUUGGUUCGACUAUUACGAGCAGCGCCCAGGACAGGGAACACGUGUCAAUGCUGGAGGAGUCAACAUCAUCUUCUCUGACAGCAAUACCCACCAUCGGGGCUCGCAGAACUAUAGGACGUCCGGCGAGGUCGACUCUCUCCGUCUGCCCAAGGAUGGGUGGUACGCACAUCAGGUCAUGUGGGACAACUGGGUCGACGUUGAGCGGGCUGCUAUUCGCAUCAUCGGACACUGGAACUACAAUGACACCACGGUCAAGGAUGUUUAUGUAGUUUCAACCUCUGACGAAGUCGAGCUCAAACUCAACGGAAAGUCUUUGGGUAAGGGCCAACAGAGCCACAGGUUCCUCUACACUUUUACCAAUAUCCAGUGGGAGUCGGGUGAUCUCGAAGCCUUUGGAUAUGCCGCAUCCUCCAGUGAGGCCGACGUCACUGACAAGCGUGUAACUACUGGUGAAGCUGCUUCGAUUCGUCUCACCUCGCAUACUUCGGCUUCCGGGUUUCAAGCUUCAGGUGCCGACAUUGCUCUCGUCGAGGUGGAAGUCAUUGAUGCCAACGGCACGCGUGUUCCAACUGCACUCGACUUGAUUGAUUUCAAACUUUCUGGCGAGGCGGAAUGGCGUGGAGGGAUUGCCGUGGGACAAGACGAUAACUACAUCCUUGCCACCUCUUUGCCUGUGGAGAAUGGCGUCAAUCGAGUUUUGCUGCGAUCCACCACGACUGCCGGCAAGGUUUCCCUGACGGCGACGGCCGACGGUCUCGAAUCCGCUUCAGUCGAGCUCAACACCAUAGAUUAUCCCAACACCAACGGCUUGGGGCUCGAGUUGCCAGGGGCGAAAAUGACGAGUCCUCUGAGCAGAGGUCCGACGCCCUCGGGAGCGUCCUUUGUGCGGGGCCGAAUAGCCCUGCAGGCCAAGUCCGUUACGGCAGGGUCAAACGAAGACGAUGCUGAGCUGUCAAUUGACGACGACGAGGAGACUGCCUGGUCCAGCGACAGCACUACUGAUACGGCCUGGAUCCAGUAUGAACUCGAGGAAGAGUCCGAGGUAUCAGAGGUUGUCCUGAAGUUGUCCGGCUUCCGCACCAAGGCAUAUCAUGUGGCAGUGGCGGUGGAUAAUACAACCGUCUGGUCCAAUACCACCUCUUUAAACCUAGGAUAUGUCACUUUGGCCUUUAAUGCGACCACAGGGCAGUCCAUUACACUCUCUAGUACCAGUGGAGCCCUUAACAUUAUCGAGGCAGAAUUUUAUACCGUGCUGUGA